CUAAUUUUGCCUGAAAGUAAUCAUCAGCACCAUAUAUACGCCGGUGUGAAGUGGCCGCGCGAGGUGCCAGUUUCGUUCUCAUCUCCGUUCUCUGGAUUGUCCCCCGCUCCCCUCUUCCGGUCUUCCACUCUUCCCCAUGUCGGACGCGUAUAGGAAAGCCAAGCCCGGCCGCCUCGUCUUCAAGGGCGGCGAAGCCGCCUCCAUCCACAAGCCAAAGAAGCACAAGAAGAAUAAGAAGCCCGCGUCGGACGCCCUCGCCGACGGCGACAUCGAGGCCGCAGCCGCGGCCGCGGAGGGUGCUGAAGGCGGCGGAGGUGCCGGCAGCGGCACUGGCGACGACUACACCAUCGACGCGGCGAAGAAGAUGAAGUACGAGGAACUCUUCCCUGUGGAGUCGAAGAAGUUCGGGUAUGACCCCGACAACGCCGCCCGCGCUGCCGCCCGGAACCGCACCGUCGAGGAAGCCCUCGACGACCGCGUCCGCAAGAAGGCCGACCGCUACUGCAAAUGAGCUGUAUUGCUCAGUGUAUUGAAGAUGGCCUCUUUGGAGAAUUAUGAUCCUUCACGGCAUGUUGUUUAGUAGUCAAAGUGCUAGUCAAGCAUUUUCCUUAUGCAUAUUUGUACUAGUAAUUAGCAAACAUAAGGAUUCUUGCACAUGUUAUUCCGAUAAACUUGUUCUGCCCUCUUUGGGUUGAUUAAGAGAAUACUACCGCCUGGAGAUUGUUUAUUUUGUAGUGCUGUGUUUUAUGCUAAUGGUUAGCAACUUAAUAGAGACCAGAAGGUGAAAUUGAGUAGUAA